AAAACUCUCUCAAACUGGGAGUUCUCCAAUGAGAGAGAAUCCAAUGGCAGAUCAGAACCUGAAGCCGGAGCUCUUCGAACUCAACAAUGGAACCAUGCGUGUCCUCAUCACCAACCUCGGCUGCACCAUCACUUCCUUGUCUGUGCCUGGCAAAGAUGGGAAAUUGGCUGAUGUUGUUCUUGGAUUCGACUCUGUCGAACCAUAUCUGAAAGGUGCUGCCCCCUAUUUUGGCUGCAUUGUGGGUAGGGUUGCUAACAGAAUCAAAGAUGGAAGGUUUACACUCAAUGGGAUUGAAUACACUUUGCCCAUCAACAAGGCCCCAAACAGUCUCCAUGGUGGGCACAAUGGAUUUGAUAAGAAGUUGUGGGAGGUAGCCGAAUAUAAAAAGGGAGAGAACCCAUCGAUCACUUUUAAAUAUCACUCUUGUGAUGGGGAGGAAGGUUACCCGGGCGAUGUCUCUGUGACUGCAACGUACAUGCUUACUUCGAGCACAACAAUGAGGCUUGACAUGGAAGCUGUGGCAGAGAACAAGGCAACUCCAAUCAGCUUAGCUCAACACACGUACUGGAACUUAGCCGGCCACAACUCUGGGAACAUACUUGACCAUACAAUUCAGAUUUGGGCGAACCAUGUUACUCCCGUGGAUGAGAACACAAUCCCGACUGGCGAAAUCGUGCCAGUUAAAGACACUCCCUUCGAUUUCACUACAGAGAAGAGGGUAGGCGAGUCGAUCCACGAGGUUGGUUUAGGGUACGACCACAACUUUGUGCUAGACUGUGGGGAAGAGAAAUCUGCAGGGUUGAAACAUGCUGCAAAGGUGAAGGAUCCAUCAAGCUCUAGGGUGCUUAACCUGUGGACCAAUGCAGCCGGGAUGCAGUUUUAUACAGGGAAUUAUGUGAAAGGGGUUGUCGGUAAAGGAGAUGCUGUUUAUGAAAAGCAUGGCGGGCUAUGUCUAGAGACACAGGGAUUCCCAAAUGCCAUAAACCAACCCAACUUCCCGUCUGUUGUUGUUCAACCUGGUGAGAAGCACAAACACACAAUGUUGUUUGAGUUUUCAGUUGAGUGAAGUGAUUGUCUUGGUAGUCUUUUGUGGUGUGGAUGUCAGAAUAAGGUUGGGGUUUUGGUUUGAUUGCUACCAAUUAGUGUUGGAACCUGAAUCAUGGCCUAUAAUUUAAUAAUAUGAUGAGAUGCUUCUUAUUA